AUGGAUGCCGACCGCGCGUCCGGUUCGUCGCCGGUGCCUCCGCGCGCAGCUGUGGUCAAGAGGAGCGUCGGGAAGCGGAUCGCAGAGGCCAUCGUGGGUGUGCCUGCUCUGAUCGGUGACUCGAUGGCGGACAUGCUCUCCAUCAACCAGUCAACCCUCUCCGGCGCCAUCGACAUCAUCGUCGUCCCGCAGGCGGACGGCUCGCUGCGCUCCUCUCCGUUCCACGUGCGGUUUGGCAAGUUCCAGGUGAUGAAGGCGCACGAAAAGAUCGUGACGAUCGUGGUCAACGACGAGCCAGUGGACAUCACCAUGCGACUCGGCUACUCGGGGGAGGCCUACUUCAUCGACGAGGCCUCCUACCUCGAGCAGGCAACUGAGAUCGACCUCGACGCCGUCGAGCUCGACGGCGCUGCCGGUGAUCAUCCGGCCGCCCGAGGCAAAGGCGAGCUGCCGAUCGCGCUGGUGACGGCGCCGGUGGCGGUCGCGCCGCCGCCGCUCAUGAGCAGGUCCACCGACGAUUCGGCGGCGAUGCGCAUCGUCACUCCGCCCUCCUGCGUGCCGCCGGGCGUGAUACGAGUCCCGCACAGUGACCCCGGCGUGGGCGCCGCCUCCUCGAUCGCGGAGGGGGAAGGGGCCGGCCUCACGAGGCGCGUCGGGGCGUCGCAGCCUCCGAUGCGGAGCGGGGGAUCUCAAAUGGCCGGCUGA